GCUUUACUUGUUUUGAUAGAGCUGCAGCCCUAACAAACCAAAUUCCUAUAAUUUAAUGUAGAGCUACUUUCAGUUGUUUAAGACUGUGGGUUCAAAAUUUACCGGAAUUCAACUGUAAACAGUUGUUGAUUGACAUCGAAAUCUUCAAUUUUCCGGAGUUCAAAAUUCCGUUGCCUUCAUUUCUACUCUCUCUCUCUCUCUCUCUCUCUCUCUCUCUCUCUCUCUCUCUGCCGUGUAAACUACGGUUUCUCUUUCUUCUCACCGCGAUCUGGCUCUAAUCCCUGUAAAUUCCACUCCGAAUUGCUUCGCAUUUUGAAGUUGGAGCUCUGAUACUAAAAAACCAUGGCCGAUUCUUCAAACGAGUCAUUAACUCCAUCACGGGGGUGGGGAGGAUGGGGCGCCUCUGCUUUCUCCGUGUUCUCUGAUUUUCAAAAGGCCGCUGCUGAAGCUGCAGGAGAGAUCUCACGAAAUGCUGUUGAAGCUGCCAAAAAUGCUGCCAAAGAUAUUUCAGAUCUUCAGAAUGAAGUUAAAAAAGGUUCAGAAUCUGACAAGGAAGAGAAAGAAUCUGAGAAAGUGGAAACUGAAGAAGUUCCGGAAACAGAGGAGGAUAAGCGGCGAAGAUCUGCCUUGGAUAAGUUGGAGAAAGCAAGUGAAGAUACCCUAUUGGGGCAGGGUCUUAAGGCGUUUGACCAUUCAGUGGAAAAUAUUGCAUCUGGGGCAUGGCAAGCAUUUGGUAAUGCUUGGAAAGGGGGCUCCAGUUUGGUCCACAAGCUUGAGAAUUCUGCAGCAAACCUUGCUGAUUCCAUCCAAAAAGGUGGUCUGCCUGGAAAAGCUGGCUCCAUUGCUCCAUCUCUAGUGGAGACUGGAAAGGCAUUGACAGCUAAAGGAAUCCAAGUGCUUGAAUAUGUUGGGAAGGAAACUAUGGACCUACUGAUUACAGAGACUGGUUUUGAAGUCGAGAAGGAUCCAAAGGAAGCUGAGGAAAAAGUUGAAGAAGAGGAGUUCGCUGAAGAGGUUACAUUUGACCGAUGUUUUUACAUUUAUGGUGGUCCAGAGCAGCUUGAGGAACUGGAAGCUUUGUCAAACCAUCAUGCAUUAUUAUUCAACCGUAGAAAAGCCAAGUUAUCAUCUGAGCAGAAGUCCUCUUUUGAUGGAAAUCUUAAACAAGUACAACAGACUUUAACUUUGAGUAGUGAAAGUGAUGGAAAUGGCUUGGAUCAUGAUAAAGGCAAGUAUGUUGACACCGUAGAAGUGGGUGGCGGCAAUGAGAUGCAAAGUCUUUGCACUGCUAGUGUGAGCAAAGCUGCAGAGAUGGCUGCAGGGUUUGCGGCAGCACUUGGUGGACUUGCUGCAAAUGAAAUACUUCAACGAACUUCUGACAGGCUUGAAUCCAUCCAUUCUGAGGGAAUCCAUAGGCUUUCUGAACUUUGUUGCUUUGGGGUAUCUCAGCUUUUGAUGCUUGGGAAAUCAGUCCUCUCAAGUUCAGCAAAAUCACGUGAUGAUGAAAUAGAAGAGGAGGAAAGCUUGAAGAUAGAGUGGCCAGAUGACUCAGUAUCUAAAGCAAAGAUCAUUAGAUUGAGGGCUCAGUCUAUGACUGGAGAUGUAGAAGCCGUUUCCAACAGUUUUAUUACAGGAAUAUCAGAUGUUGUUGGGGCCUUCCAAGAGGCAAUUAAAAGUGCAUCAGCUGAUGGCCCAGAAGCUCUUCCAGAACAUGCCUCAAUUCACAAGAAAGCAGAUGCCAUUUCUACCCACCUUCGAAAUGACAGAACCAUGGCCAUAAGCAAGAUUCAGGAUGGGCUCCACUACUUGCCCUUUGUAGUCAUUUCUGCCUCCACGUGAACAUGUAAAAAUUUGGCAAAGGUGAAAAAAUAGUGCCAAAAAAAUGGGUAGAGCUCAUUUUUUCAUAGCACAUUUGAUUUUUUUCAACACUAAUACGACCUUUUACUGAUGUUUGUAUAGAUUUCCUGCAUUUGUUGGAAAAAUUUAUAUUGUUCAUUGUCUAUAGAUGGACUUAAAACUUUGGAUAUCA